GAGAAGAACCCGAGAGGAGGGCGAGUAUGGAGCCACUCCGGCCUGUGCUUUACGAGCCUCUGGUCCCAAUUGGAGCAAGUUGGUUGAUUUAAAGGGGUGUGUAUAUUGUACUGGUUGCAGUAUAUUGUACUGUUAAGGGGAAAGAGCAGGGAAUUGCAAAAACUAACCAUGGAUUUGUUUGCAUUCCUGCGUGAAAUAUACAUAAGGUCUUUUUGUAUAGGUAAGGUUUGUCGAGCAUUAUUUUAAAUACGGUACCAAUAAGUUACAGAUCCUAUAAGUUCCUCUUCACUCCCUGCCCUCAUGUAUUUUGUGUGAAGGGUGUGGAGCCCCUUGUCUACAUUCCUGCCCAUCCUGGCCCCAAUUUCAUGUGGUUGGCAAGGAAAGUAGAAAAGAGGAUGCAGAGAGAGAAGGGGAUGGCCAACUCUUGGUUCCAGCUUGCUUGUUUUUGAUAACCAGUAUGUGGUCCCCAACAAAUUAUUGUAAGAUUUAUUUGCAAGAUGAAUAUCCUGCCCUCCUUCUAAAGGAGCUCAGGGGAGAAAGCAGCAAGUGAUGAAACUUGUUCAAAACACAUGCAGCCAGUAGGUGCUGAAAAAACCACAGAAAGGGCACCUGUCUAAUAUUCAAGUGAAGGGAAUUUCAAAUAGAAGGUGCCACCACACUAAAUGCCCAUGCCAGCAGAUCUCCUGAUACAAUGGGAUCUGCAGGAGUCCCUCGCCUGCAUAGAGCAGUGAUCCAUUGAGUAUAGAAGGGGAGACAAUCUGGUCUGAUACAGAGUAGGCACACUGAAAUUAACGGAGCCAACUUAGUCAUGUGUUUUAUUUUCUGUGGGUCUGCUGUACUCUGUAUCUGGCUAGCACUGGAUACCUACCACCCCUCGAAGUUAAGGGGGGAAAUGCCCACACCAAGUAGGUUUUGUGCGCUGUCCACUAGAUGUCGCCACUAGGAAGAGAAAUGAAGUUGCUUUUACCAUGUGCAUUUUGCCAGAGUUGUCUAGAAGCUGAGCUUGUGAUGAUAAAAAGUUAUCCCUGUCUGAAAAGGAAAUCUUUCUCAUUGUGGAAUUGUGGAUUCUGAAGCUCAACUCUAGGGAAAUCUGAAAGCCUCAGAAUAGCUGAAUUGUACAGCUGUCCCUAACCUUGCAUUUCUCCUGUUCUCAGGCUGCAUGUGACUUUUCAAUCAAACCGGUCAAGAAGACGCAAAGUUUCUUUGUGUUGA